CCUGGGCGGGUGCGGGGUGGGCCCAACACCUUCUCUGCACCAGGACCAGGGCUGCGGGCAAACGUGUUUACCAGAGAGCGAGGAGCCUAUUUAUAGCCUCAGCUGCCGCUCUCCCUGGAUCACGGGCAAGGGGGCAGGGUGGCUCCUCAGAACAAGGGUGGUAGUCACCAGGCUCUGCCCAGCUGCCACUGGCCGGGUCCCUGCACCCCUUCCCAUGGCCAGAGAGCCCUUCCCCUCUACCUCUUCCUCCCUGCGCUCUCUCCGCCUGCAGCGCGAGUGGCGGGAGUGGGAGGAGCGGCGCCGGGCAGCAGCCCAGCGGUGGUGCCGGGGUCCGAGGUGUCCCCCGAGUUCCAGGGCCCGGCUCACUAGGCCCCGCCACUCUUGCCGAGACCCGGCGGUCCACAGCGCCCUUUUCUCUGGCGACCUGCAACAGGUCCAAGCCUUGUUCCAAGAUGAAGAGGCCGCCAACAUGAUUGUGGAGACUGUGAGCGACCAGCUGGCCUGGUCGCCGGAACAGGGGUUCUGGGUGCUGACCCCCAAGACCAAGCAGACCGUGCCCCUCACUAUCGCUGCGGCCCGAGGUUACACCGCCUGCGCCCGCCACCUCAUCCGGCAGGGAGCUGAGCUGGAUGCCCGGGUCGGGGGCCGGGCAGCCCUGCACGAGGCGUGUGCCCAGGCCCAGUCUGACUGCGUGCGGCUGCUGCUGACCUUUGGCGCCAAGGCCAAUGUGUUGUCGGAGGAAGGCACAACUCCCUUGCACCUCUGCACAGCCCCCGGGUCCUUGCAGUGUGCCAAGCUGCUGUUGGAGGCGGGAGCUACCGUGAAUGCCGCAGCGAGGGACAGCGAGGUGACACCCCUGCACGUGGUGGCCGCACGGGGCCUGGAGGAGCACGUGGCUCUCUACUUGGAGCACGGGGCCGACGUGGGCCUGCGCACCAGCCAGGGUGAGACGGCUCUGAACGCGGCGUGUGCUGCGGCCGAGGGCCCGGGCACUGGCCGGAAGUACCAGGCUGCAGUGCGCCGGCUCCUGGAGGCCGGGGCUGAUGCCCGGGUGGCCGGGCACAAGCGCCACACACCGCUGCACAACGCCUGUGCCAACGGCUGCGGGGCCUUGGCCGAGCUGCUGCUGCGCCACGGGGCCUGCGCGGAAGUGCCCAAUGCGGCAGGCCACACGCCCAUGGACUGCGCGCUGCAGGCUGUCCAGGACGUUCCUAAUUGGGAGCCCGAGGUCCUCUUCUCGGCACUUCUGGACUACGGGGCCCAGCCAGCGCACCAUGAGAUGCUGAAACACUGUGCCAACUUUCCUCGGGCCCUGGAAGUCCUGCUUAAUGCCUACCCUUGUGUGCCGUCCGGUGACACGUGGGUGGAGGCCGUGCUCCCAGAGCUGUGGCAGGAGCACGAAGCCUUCUACAGCUCGGCUCUGAGCAUGGCGAACCAGCCAAGGCGCCUGCAGCACCUGGCCCGGCUGGCUGUGCGCGCUCAGCUGGGGAACCGCUGCCGCCAGGCUGCCGCCUGCCUCCCCCUGCCGCAGCUCCUCAGGGACUACCUGCUGCUUCGUGUGGAGGGGCACAUCCAGUGAGCGCCACGCCAGGCUGCUCCCACAGCUCAUCCCGCUGUCUUCAUCCGCCGCAUCCCUCAACCCUAGAGAACAGGUCGCUGGCCCUCUGCAUUCCCUCCCGGGCCAGCUCCUCCCUCCGCUGGCUGCCUGAGCCAACUGCUGACCUCUAGCCUGACCUAAGCUUCGGCUCCACUCCGACGGGAAGGUCUGCAGACUCAGCCUUCACCCACCUCUUCUUUGCCUAAGUGGGUGAUGGCCCCUCCAGCCACCCGGGCCCCAGGCCAGGGGGUGGUGAUCCGUGUUGCACCCCCAUCCUCUGCCACCUGUAUAUCUGCUCAGGUUCCUGAAGGGUGACAGACUCUGCCUCUAGCUGAACUGCUGUUGCCAUUGCAUUGCCAUUGUCAUUUGAAGGGAGGACCUUAUGGACUGAUCUUGAAACCCAUGCUCUCUUCCCCCCCCCCCAAGAUUUUAUUUAUUUAUUUAUUUUUUUAGAGAGAGGAAAAGGGAGAAAGAGAGGGAGAGAAACAUCAAUCGGUUGGUCAAACCAGGGGCCUGGCCCACAACUCAGGAAUGUGCCCUAACUGGCAGUUGAACUGGUGACCUUCCGGUCCGUAGGCUGGCACUCAGUCCUCUGGGCCACACCAGCGUGAAACCCAUGCUCUUAAAACCCUCUGUUUCCAGGCAAUCCCCCUCCUUGGUAUACCCUUCAUUUUUUUUUUUCUAAUCCUGGCUGGAGCUGAUAUUAUCCCUAAGACAGCUCACUAGCACGAUCUGCCCAACCUAGCAGGCAACCUUCCCUGGUGUCAGACCUAAUUAAGAGCCUGUGUCUGCCUCAAGUAGGCUGAGCCUGGCACCGCAUUCCUUGCACGGGCAUUUCAGUCAAUGGCGGUGGAGGGAGGAAUAAAUGCAGGACGCCCGGACCCGUUUCCGGCUGUGCUGCCCCUCCCCUACCCCAACGUGUGGUGUCUUAAACAGUGGUCACCGCACGUGUGAGCUCUGAGGGCCUGUGACAGGAGGACCAGCCACCAGCUGUCCCCUCUUUCUCUCUCGCUUCCUCCUCUGGGUUUCAGAGUCAAAUGCACCACCAUUCAUCUUUUUUUUUUUAAGAUUUUAUUUAUUUAUUUUUAGAGAGAGAGGAAAAGAGAGGGAGAGAACCAUCGAUGUAUGAGAGAUACGUCAAUCCAUCGCCUCUCACACGCCCCCUAAUGGGCACCUGGCCUGCAAUCCAGGCAUGUGCCCUGACUGGGAACUGAACCAGCAACCUUUCAGUUCGCAGGCCAAUGCUCAAUCCACUGAGCCACACCAGCCAGGGUCACCAUUCAUCUUUAAGAGGAAGCUUUUCAAGCCAAGCUAGUUUUUAUGAUCGCAAAUAAAUGAUCGAUGCACAGUACCGAUGUGUGGAUAUUGUUGGGCUGACACGUGACUGAGAUGCCUAUCACUCCUUGUUUAUUCCCCCCACGUUGUCCUCUUCUACAGUCCCCAAGUUGUCUUCUGCAUGGAGCAACUGUUACUCUUGUGAGAGCGGAACGGGUGUAAGAGCAACACGAGGCCCCUCCCAGCCCCUGAACCUGUAGUGCCCACCUCAGGAGGGAAGUGAGGAGGGGCUCCCAACAGCCUGCACUCGUGUCCUUUCGCUGAGGGACCCUGGGACCCCCGUGCCAUGACCACGUGGAGCCCUGGGGUGGCCUCCUGCCGCUGUGGCCGGCUGCCCCUCCCCCACCCCGUGGAGCUGCAUCUGCAGAGAUGCGCUUUGACCAACACGGAGACAGGCUUAUACCUCCC